AUGUUGUCUCGUUCCCUCCGCGUCCGUUCAAUUGCCUCCGGGUUAUCAUCAUCAUCAUCAUCAUCAUCAUCAUCCAGCCAUUCUCGAAAUCUCUCCAGCUCUCAACCCCCAAGCACUUUCAAACACGUUUUCGCCCGGUACAAACUCUUCGCUGGCCCCUUUGCAAAGGUCUUCCUCGGUGCCGUCUUCACGUACCAGGUGAUUCGCUGGACGUGGCUAAAGCUGGAGAUGGACGAGACCAAGGUGCACCGGAAUCAAGAAGUGAUUGUCUUGGAGAAGGAAGCAAGGGAGUUGACGGGGCUGCAGCAGAAGUAA